UGUCGAUCAAAUCAGCACCUGCCAUCGCUGUCAUCGUAAUUUUUUCUAAGAAGAAAAUGUGUGGGGUUCUUAGUUAUCGCAUUCAGUGAACAGUUAUAGCCCCGUUAACCCCCGUCGGUACAUGUGUAUUAUUUAGACUGUGAAAUAAGACAACCAAAAUCACUUGGUUUUUAAUAAAUUUAUGUUAGGAAAAAAUGGGGAACGUGCACGCGUAUUCAGCUCCGGCCCCGCCACCACCGCCUCCAUCGAGUUCAUCUUAUGCCAAACCUGAAGGUUCUUCCACUGGAACAACUGAAGAAGUCGAAAACCCGGGUCCUUUGGAAGAAAUUCAUACAAAAUGCAAAAAUAUUUUCCCUACAAAUUUCGAAGGAGCGAGAGUGAUGCUUACGAGAGGUCUUAGUAACCAUUUUCAAAUUUCUCAUACGAUUAAUAUGAGUUCCAUAACUCCUAGUGGGUAUCGGUUUGGGGCGACUUAUGUAGGAACCAAACAAAUUUCAGCGAGUGAAGCUUAUCCUAUCUUGUUAGGUGACAUAGACCCGUCAGGCAAUCUAAACGCUACGAUUAUUCACCAGAUAUGUUCAGGAUUUCAAGCAAAAUUUGGAGCACAAGUUCAGAAUUCAAAAUUCACAGUUGGCCAAUUAACAAUGAAUUACAAAGGAUCUGACUAUACUGCAAGUGUCACUGUUGCUAACCCUGAUAUCAUAUCAGGGUCGGGAGUUGUAGUAUUGCAUUAUCUUCAAGCUGUGACAUCUCGAUUAGCGUUGGGGUCUGAGUUAGCUUAUCAGAAAGGUCCAGGAAUACCUGGGGGCGAAAUUGCUCUCUUGAGUGCAGCAGCUAAGUACACAACGGAAAAUACACAAAUUUCAGGAACAAUAGGAGUAUCAGGUGUCCACUUGUGUUAUUACCAAAAAGCGAGCAGUCAGCUUCAAAUAGGAGUGGAGUUAGAAGCGAAUCCUCGGAUGCAGGAGUCCGUGGCAUCAAUUGGCUACCAAGUUGAUUUGCCAAAGAGUGAAGUGGUAUUUAAAGGGCAUGUAGAUUCAAAUUGGUCAGUUGGGGCGGUUUUAGAGAAAAAAUUAAGCCCCUUGCCUUUCACGUUAGCUCUUAGUGGGCUCAUAAAUCACAAUAAAAAUCAGUUUAGGCUUGGUGUGGGGAUUCUUAUUGGAUAACUGAAUAGUUUGAAGCAAGAACGUUUUAAAUUAACUGCUCGUUAAAAUUGUCCCUAGAAAAACUGAUUUUAGAUUUUUUAUUUGUAACGUUUAUCAAUAAAAUGGAAGUCAGUUUUGUAUAUAUUAUACAUAAUUGUUUUUAUAUUCCUCAGAAUUAAAGUUGUUCGAAGACUUGAGUUUUACGUAGAUUUAGAUAACAACUUAACUUGUUAAUGCAUUUGCUCCUAGUUAUAACAGGUCGUGUAUAAAGCACAAGUGAUUUUAUUUGUGUGUAAAUGCGUAUUUCAAACAUGUUCCCUAUUGUUUGGAUACCUGUUAUAAACUAUCUUUUGUUAUUUUUUUACACUUUAAAAAUCUAGGUGAUGUAAAUUAGAGAACAAAUUAAAAACUUUGUUGAA